AUGUUUUCCACAGGUUGUCCCUCUGGCUACACUGCCUUCGGGGGUGCAUGCUUCAAGGCGUACAACCAAGACAAAUCCUACAGUCAGGCCAGACAGGUGUGUGCAGCGGACGGCGGGCUCCUCGCCAUGCCGAAGGACAGAGACGUGGACAACUUCGUGAGAGAGCUGAAGGACGCCGUGAAUAAAAUCUCACUUUUCUGGUUUGGCCUAAAUGACCAGAACAAUGAGGGUGAGUGGGUGUGGGAAGACGGGACUCAACACGACAUAACUACUGACUGGGACCGCUGGCAGCUGGGGGAACCCAACGGUAACGAGGGAGAAAACUGUGCGAACUACUAUGGUUCAGGCUGGAACGACGCAGCGUGCUCCUCAACUUACAAGUUUAUCUGCCAGGUGAAUGAAGCAAUCAGCUGCUCUUUCGGACAUUUCCGCUGUGGACACGGACUUGCCUGUAUCCUGUCAUGGAAGCGUUGUGACGGGAUCGCGGACUGCACGGACGGGAGUGAUGAGGAGGGAUGUGUGUGCCUGGCAAUCCCUGGGUAUUUUGACGUCAACAGCCGACUUUCAAUGCUGCCAAAUCAGCUAGGCCAGACGACCUUUGAGGAGAUACAGAAUUCCUCUGUCGUGGAGCUGCUCAACAGUUCGUAUAUCUUCCCCGGAAAAUACCAUCCCGAGAUUAAGACAUUCAUAUCGACCGUCAUUUUCCCACAAUGCAAUGUCUCGGAAGAGAACAAGACUAUCUGCUAUUCAAUUCAGAAUGCAGCCAACAUGACCUCAUACGAAUGCAUGGGAACCCAGCUGGUACCAUGCCGCUCAUGGUGUGAAGAAGUUCUCAACAUGGCUGAUGGCUGGAUAAAGGACCUGCUGCCACGAUGCAGCUUGUUUCCUUCAUCUCAUCACAAUUGUUGGAAUCCGAAAUUAGCCAAGAAGGGAAGCGAAGUCUGUUACCAUGGCAACGGCAUAAACUACCGCGGCACAUGGAGUAAAACUACAUCCGGGGCAGAUUGUGUGGAUUGGUCAGUUGCCCAAGCUGAUUACUACAAGACAGAAUUCCCCUGGGCAAACCUGGAUAACAACUACUGUCGCAACCCUGCGAGUCUAGAUCGGCCUUUUUGUUUGACUGAAGAUGGUAGCCAGGAGGAAUGUGACGUUAUACCGUGUAAUGCUGAAGGCUGUUGGGACAGAGGUCCUCCAAACUACGGCAAGAAAAGCCCCAGCAAGAGGUUCUACUACGUAGGAGAAAAGGUCACGUACACGUGCAACGAAGGAUACACACUGAAGUCCGGUUACACUAGUGAAGUGAGGUGUAUUAAAGGAGGAAAUUGGCAAUAUGAAAAGCCCAGUUGUUCAGUGAAUCAUAGGCAAAGGCUGCACAAUGAUCUACUGAAGAUUCCCAGUGCAGGUCUGUCACCUGAGAAUGUUAUCAUCUACUUCAUUGGAUCUGUGGAACAGCUUGUCGACUUGGAUGAAAAGAAGGAGCAACUUGUUGCGUCUGUGGUCAUCCGUUUUGCAUGGCAGGACAGCCGACUGAGUUGGGAUCCGAAAUACUACGAUAACGUCACCACGCUCAGCGUUCCCGGCAACAUAAUUUGGACACCAACAUUGACUCUAAAAAGAAAUGCCGAUCCGGUCUACAAAGGCCUAGAAAACGACGUACCGGUCCGAGUGAGCAGCAAUGGUCUGAUAGAAUGGAGGGUAGAAACUCUGACUACAACCGUGUGCGAUGCAGACCCCUUCUUCUUUCCUGCAGACACCAUGGAAUGCAACAUCUGUUUUUCUGCCGCCACAGCAAUCGCGCAAACUAUCCAAUGCCGAGGGGGAAGUCUUGCAGCCGACAUGGGAAACGGUCCGUGCAAUUCUUACUCUACUGAAACAACGGAGGGUGAAUGGUACCGAAAGGAUAAAAUCUUUGCGAAAGGAAACGAGGAAGCGUGCCUUGCUGUUCAUCUGUCGAGGAUCCCGCUGUUCCACAUCGCCACUACUGUAGGACCCUGCGUCAUCCUGGUGGUACUGAUGAACAUCACAUUCAUCAUGCCCUUAGACAGGGGCGACCGAAUCGCGUUUGGAGUGACCAUUCUACUAUCCAUGGUCGUGUCUCUCGUUUUUGUGACAGAUGUACUUCCUGUCAAGGGUGCACUGCCACUUUUCGCUACGUUGAUCAUCCUUUGGAUGGGACUGAUGGGAUUAUUCCUGUUCUUCACUCUGGCCAUCAUCGUCAUUUACGACCGGGAGGGCAGCCUGUCUCCGGCGACGAAGAUUAUUUUUCUUCGCUACGUUUCAAAGAUUCUGCUGUUGGGUGAUCUAACAGAGGAGAAUCGUGCUGCCGAUGGAGAGGCCGGCAUAGAGCUGACCAACUACGCAUUUCAAACCGAUGACAUGGCGGCGGUCGACGAGGGAAGACCCGGUAUUGACACAGAGAGAACCGGGCAGACAUCAACGCUUCCUACAGGGCCGGAGACCGCCGGUUCGCCUGGCUUUUCAGAGCUGAUAUCUUGUGUGAAGGAGUUGACGAAAGCAGUUAAUAACCAAACCGAGAAGCUGACUGAGGCCAUGAAGAACGAGCAGGAGGUGUCCGACUUCACCCUGCUGGGUAAGGUCCUGGAUAGGCUCUGCCUUGUCAUCUACAUCAUCAGCAUUGUGGCAAUCGUUCCUUUCACCAUGUAUUUGAGCAAGUAA